UUGCAUCAUUUAUUGUACGAGAAUGCAGGAUGUAGUUUCGUUUUUGAGCUUGAGAGGUUUUUAGGAGCAUGAUUGAGUCUGUAGGCUUUUGCAUGCGGCAAGUGAUGAACUUCAUGUUGUAGUUUUCAGUGUUUUCGAGAUGAUUGGACUUUAUUUUCUGCACAAACUCAUAGUCUCUGCAGUUUUACUCUGCAAUACACCAGCAGGUGGCUAUGUAUAUCAGAUGAUAUAUGACUGUGAGUAUGGUGACAACAUCACAGAUGUGGUCUUCUUUGUGAAAAACAUAUUUAACCAGAAGCUUUCUACCAUGUAUGACUCUCGGGUUGGGAAGUAUGUUGGCUUUGGAGAAUACGGCAUGAAAAAUGCAGCCCAUUAUAACAGUCAGGCUUGGAAAAUGGACAUAAGAAAAAGUCAAGUGGAAACUCUUUGCAGAUAUAAUGCAAUAUUAUUCAGAAGGAGCACACUGGAUAGAAAAGUGCCUCCGAUUGUCAAGGUCCAUCAGACCAAGCAAGCUGACUAUGGGGAGCGGUCCAUGCUUGAGUGCAGCGUUCUGGGGUUUUUUCCUCAGGAAGUCAGGGUGAGCUGGCUGAGAGACGGGGUAGAGGUCACCACCGACGUGUCGUCUACAGAUGUCCUGGCCAACGGGGACUGGAGCUUCCAGCUUCACUCUUACCUGGAGUUCACACCCAGAAGAGGUGAGAGGGUGAGCUGCAGGGUGGACCACAGCAGCCUGAAAGAGAGCCUGGAGGUGGAUUGGGACACCUUUGCACUGGAUGCUAAAUACCUGAAGAUGACUGUGGGGACCAUCUUCUUCUUUAUUGGCUUCACUGCAGCUGCUGGUGGCGCAGUUUAUUACUGGUGGAAACAGAGGUUUGACUUCAGCCCAUUAGGCAGACAAGGACGAGCAUCUCCAUGUCAUCUUUCAGAAUUAUAGAGUUUUUAACAGAAGGCGGUCUUGGUGCUAAAAGAAAUAAAAUAGAAUAAAGCUCUGCUGACGUCUUGGAUUAGGUUACAACAUAAAGUAUUAAAGCUGGUUAAAAGAAAAUGGUCCCUCUCAACAUGCUGGCUGCUGUGCCUGACCUACAGUGAGAGGAGAUAAACGGCAUCAUGGGAAGAUGACAUGCUGUUGUUUUAUUAUGGAACUGCCCCCUCCCCGACAUGGCAGAGCUCCUCUAUCAUUUUUAUCAACCAAGGACAUAUUAUCCUUCAAAAAAAGCGCAUUAAAUUGUUCCAACUUUGUGUUAUGAUCUUUUUGUAGCAUUGAGGUGUCAGACCUGUCACUUGCAAUAAUUGUCUCACGUUGGAAUAAGACUCAUCGUCUUUACAUGACAUGUCUCAUCUGUGUAUGUUGGAUAUAGAUGUCUUCUGUUAAACUUGGUCCACUUUAAUGACCCCUUCAACAGUAGGACAACAGAACACUGGCAGAGCAUGUAAUGCAUCACUUCACUGUCUUUUCACAUACCACUCUGCCAACUUUAACCAUUAAGUUAAGACAUUAGUUAAGACAGAUUAUUAAGACAAUAUAAUCACCAAAUUAUGUCAUAAUAAACAUUACUAAAAUAAAGUGAUCUACAAAAUAAAUCUCCACAAAAAUACAGUUAAUCUCAUGUUACAAGACUGCCUGGUGAUACGCUGUACAUUGGUAAGUAUGGCUGCGGCCAGGAUUUUUGAAAUACUGAGGUCUGGAGUCUAAAUUCCCCUUACGCAACCAACACCCUUAGAAAUUUUUAAAUUGCCACCCAAAAAAUCUUUCAGACUAUUUAAUUAUGUAAAUGUCAUUUAUUCAUUUAGCUGUUCAAUUAUAUAUGCUAAAAGUUUCCUCUCGCCAUAUGAUGAUCUAAACGCUGUUGCUAAGAUUUCUCUACACUUCCACACUGCAAAAAAAGCAGAUUUAAAGCUGCUCUAAUCAAUGUUUUUAUAUUAACAAUGGAUCACAUGACAACUUGUAUGUUGAACCCACAGAGAAUUAUCACUCGACUCUACAGUUCCCCUCAGCUCUAUGGAGCGUUUUUGGACACAACAGGCAGCUGUUUUCAGUGGAAAAACCCCACCAUGUGUAAUGUAAACUCCUCCUCCGGUUGUGUGCCAAAUUCUCAGGCAGUAUACUGAGGACAUGACCUCAGUGGUAGCUAUGGCCCUGUCAGUAUACUGCAUGUUGAUGUAUGGAGAAUAAACACACAAUUAUACACAGGCAUGUGCAGUUAUGUAGUAUACUAGAAAAUGCUAAAACUUUGUCAACCUACCAUCAUAGCUAUUUAUUGUCCUAUACAUAUAGAUAAUGUAAGAGAAUCUGAAUUAUUUUUAUGUUCAUGUGUAAAUAUAUGAGUUUGUGAAGAUGAAUGUAUGAAUACAGUGAAAGCUUUAUCAGUGACACCCUUACCCGAGUAUACGGCUGUUUUCCCUAAUUCGGUAAAAAUGGGAUUUCUCUUUUUAUCUAACAACAGUGAUAAGGUGUGAUGUCUGAGUAUAUCCAGGUGAGACUAAAUAAACUGCUUCCAUCUUUCUUACCAA